CUGAAGUUUAAAAAGCUGGGACAGCUGAUGAUCGAGAUUCCCAAGGAUCGAAGUAAGGAAACUAAGAAAACGGUACUGCUAGAGGACGAGGAAACCUACGCUCCUGAAGGAACGAUACCCAAAGCGUUGAGCUUGAGCGAGCUGGACCCGAAGAAACUCUUCCUAAAGGAGAGGAUUCAACGCCAUCUGGAAGAACCGGUCUUUACGGAACUGCAGGCCGAAUGUUUCUCGAUCUUCAACAACUACCAGGACCUUUAUUACCCGUCGAGAACCCUGGAAAACGGGGAAUCCCUCCGGUUCGUGUACUGUCUGCAUGCGUUGAAUCACAUCAUGAAGUCCACGUCGAAGAUCCUGCAUCAUAACUUGAAGCUGGCCGAAGCUGCCAACAGUAAAAAGCAGAAAAAGAAGGUUAAGAAGGCUAUAAGUUCCGCUCAAGAGUAUCGGGAUCAGGGACUGGUCCGCCCUAAGGUCCUGAUUGUGGUGCCCUUCAGAAGUGCUGCCUUGAAGAUCGUCGAAACCCUUAAGAAACAAUUCGCCGGGGAUGAAGCAAAAGCCGUUACGAACUACAAUCGCUUCCUAACGGAAUACGGUGGGGACACUCUCUACUUCCCGAAGCACAACCCCAAGCCGGAGGACUACGAACGACUGUUCUCCGGCAACACGGACGACAAUUUCCGAAUCGGCAUCUCGUUCAGCAAGAGUUCCAUGAAGUUGUACACCAAGUACUACAACUCGGACUUGAUCUUGGCUUCUCCGCUAGGUCUUCGAAUGACAAUCGGAGCGGAAGGCGAAGCCCAGCGAGAUUACGAUUUCCUGUCGUCGAUCGAGCUGCUCAUUCUGGACCAGACCGAAAUCUGCAUGGCGCAGAACUGGGAUCACGUGGUCCAUUUGAUGGACCACCUUCACCUUCAGCCUCAGAGUACCGAACAUACAGACUUCUCAAGGGUUCGAUACUGGUGCCUCAACGGAUGGUCGCGAUUUUACCGCCAAACAAUUCUGUUGGCCUCUCACGACCUGCCGGAGUUCCGUUCCAUCUUCAACAGCAAGUGUGCCAACUACCGAGGGAAAAUCCGCACCGCUAACCCCGUCAAAUCCGGCUCCAUUCGACACGUCGUCGUCCAGGUCCCGCAAACCUUCCACCGCAUCGAAGUCACUUCUCUGGAUCAAUCUUUCGACGCGAAGUUCCAGCACUUCACAACGGUCCUGCUUCCCCAACUGCGAUCCAUCACGAUGGCUCGGUGCCUCCUCUACGUGCCUUCCUACUUCGAUUACGUCCGGCUGCGAAACUACUUCAAAAAGGAGGAACUGAGCUUCGUCCAGAUCUGCGAGUACUCCAAGGACGCCAAAAUAGCCCGAGCCCGGGACAUGUUCUUCCAUGGGAGCAGUCACUUCAUGCUGUACUCCGAGCGGUCCCACUUCUUCCGACGGCCACGAAUAAAGGGCAUCCGCCAUCUGGUGUUCUAUCAACUUCCGGCCUAUCCGCAGUUCUACGCCGAAAUGAUUAACCUGAUGGCCAACGAGUACCAGAACCGGAAGGAUGGGAUCGAUGCCAGCGCUAUGACCGUGACCGUCUUGUAUACCAAGUACGAUCUGCUGAGACUGUCGGCUAUUGUUGGUUCAGAGCAAGCGGCCAAAAUUGCCGCCAGCCCGAAGGCCGCACAUACUUUUACCACCCACAAGUAGAAAUAAAUUAUAGUAAGGAAUGUGAUAUCAAUAAAGUUCACAUUUACGGUUACCUUACAGUUAUGGAUCAAAAAAGGGUCAUUUUUUGAAAAUUAUGAUGACGCUAUACAGAACUAAAAUACCUCUGCAGAAUAAAAUUUAUAUCAUGAAUACGAGUAGUAGGUAUCUUUUUAAAGAAUUGGUCACUAGUGACUUAAGAGACCAUUUUUACUGAAAAAAGACUUAAGGAACCUUUCAUCAAUAACAAAAGACUUUUAGAGACUUACAUUGAAGUAGUGCUACCAGCCCUGCAUUGAUGAUCCAUCCCCUUGGUGAGACAUUCUGUACUUAAUGCAACACUGAUCCAUAUUUGAGUGUUAACCAUAACUGUGGAGUAACCGUACAACUUUCCUCUAAUAACGCAA